UUGGCCAGAAAAAGGUCCCACCAUAAGAAUGAAAAUACUUACCCUACAGUUUUGCUAAAGACUGCUUCUAAGUUCUAACAAUAAUAAACAAACUUUAAUUAUUUUAAGUACAAAUUGAGCUUAUAUUUUAGUUAUCUAAAGGUUAGCUUUCUUUCUUUCAAGCUUAAACCAUUGAAUCUCAACAAAUUAACACUAAAAAAACAUCAAUUUUCAACAUUUGAACAAGGUCUAGAAUCCACUAAUCUCACCCCUCUGAAACAUCACUAUUCAGAAUCUUUAUUUUUUUCCAGCUGAAUAUUCCUUGAAUCUUAAUUUAUUUACCUUCCCAACAAAUUAAACAAAAUUUCAACAUCAACUUCCAUUUUAGGGUUUAAUGGAAUCAAGAUUAAUCCAAGUCGAAAAUGAGGGAAUUAUUGGUUUUGAUUCGUUUAUGGCGAAUGAUAAUGUUGAAUCGUACUGGGAAAUGGAAGAAGACAAGCAAAAGAAAGAAAAGCAUAAGGCACAGACCAAGAAUUCUGCUGCUCUGAGAAGCCAUUGCGAGGCGGAACGCCGCCGACGAGAGAGAAUCAAUGGACAUCUUGCUCAUCUUCGUACUUUUCUGCCUUCCUCUCAUAAUGUUAAGAUGGACAAAGCAACCUUAUUAGCAGAAGCAAUAGCCCAUCUAAAAUUGCUAAAGAAGGAAGCAACAGAAGCUACAAAAGGACUACUCAUCCCAACAGAUGCUGAUGAAAUAACAGUUGAACCAUACAAUAACAACAUAUUAAAUAACUGUAUUGCAUUCAAAGCAUCUAUUUGUUGUGUUUACAAGCCUGAAUUAAUGUCAGAAAUCAGACAUACUUUGAAGGGUCUAAAACUUACCAUAACAAAUGCAGAAAUUUGUACUUUACAAGGUAGGAUGAAGAAUACUCUUAUUCUCACUACCUGCAGUCAUGAAGACAUAAUUGGUGUUGAAAUGAUUCAAAAAGCUUUGUACUCUGCAAUGGACAAGAUUUCUGCUGCUGAGGAGUAUUUUCCCACGAUUAUGUACGCAAAUAAGAGACGAAGGGUUUCGUUUUUUGAAUCCUCCACCUCAAGCUCGUCGUAAAGGGCAACUCAGUGCACAAAGUGGGCAAUCUAGCGUUCUUGCAUAGCGAGGGUUUGAGGAAAGGUUUAAUGACAUAGGUGUAAUACAGGCAAACCCACUUGAAGUAGUUGUAUAGCUGAGCAUGGUCAUCACUCAUCAGCGCAAUGUCCCGUUCAAAGUCAGAGUCCAAGGGCAUAGCUGAGAGAUAAUGUUGAGAUAAAUGGUAUUUAGAAAAUAGGUGAUAAUGUCUUUGGUUAUUGAUAUUAAAUUUGUGGUAAUUGAAAUGAAUUUUGAGUGUAAUAUUUAUAUAAAAUGUUUUGUCGCUCUCAUAGUAAUUAGUAAUAAAGGUUUUAUCCUCAAAUAAUUAUGAU